AUGGACAAAGUGGUGCGACAGGUAAUCAGAAGAUUCACAGAUCUAGUGACACAUGGGACGGAAUUGGUGGUGGUGUUACUGUUCUAUGCUUCGUGAACGUCGUUGACAGUGAUCUGAGGAACGUUCUGGGUGAUCUGGUGCUGUUUGACGGAACUUCUAUUCCGGGAAAGAUUUUGGCUUUGCUUGCAGGCGAUAAUAUGGAGUUAUCACUCGCCCUGAUGGUGAGCAUGGGGAUUGUGCAUUGCGAACCCCCACUGAACGCCCAGUAUGGUGUCCCAGGGAAUUAUGCUGGCGGCAACAGCAACAAUAACAACAACAAUAACAAUCACGUAGCAUCGGGCGGUAAUGGCUUUGGUAAUCAUCAUUACGAUAAUGGGAACGACAACGAUUACGUCGAUCAGCCAAUGUCCUACGAGUUCGGCUACGCAGUGAAGGACCAAGCAACUGGAAAUGACUUUGGUAGACGCGAGAGUAGUGACGGUGAGACGGUCAGAGGGGAGUACAGGGUCCAGCUACCCGAUGGUAGGACCCAAAUAGUAACCUACACCGCUGAUUGGAGGACAGGGUUUCAUGCAGAUGUCAGAUACGAGGGCACAGCUACUUAUCCCGACCAGUACAACACACAGAACAAUGGCUAUAACAAUAACAAUAACAAUAAUAAUAAUAGUAACAACAAUAACCAGGCUGGUGGCCAAAGCUUUGGUUUCCAUGGUAAUAAUGCCGCUGGUGGAUACAGUGCAGGCAAUUCAGGGAACAAUGGAGGAUAUAAUUAUCAAGCACCCAGUGGAAACUUCAACAGUGGUAACAAUUAUCCAUACCAAUUUGGCUCCAACUUGUUAGACAACAGCUAUAACAACUUUGGCGCCCGUAAUAACUUCAACACGCCGAUUCCGUCGUCCACGUAUGGACCAGCUUUUAAGUGA